AGAAGAAACCCUGUGAAAUAGGUUGAUUGAAGAGGGAGAGAAUGAGUUCGAACAAAAUAAACGCAGUGUUCUACGCCGAGUCGUACCAUCCCAUCCAGGCCGGAAGCAUAGACGGAACCGACAUUCUCCCACACGACAACGCCGUUUACCGAGCCCAUCUCUGCUCCUCCGCUGGCCUCUAUGACCCCUUUGGUGAUCCUAAAGUCAUCGGAGACCCUUAUUGCACCAUCUUUGUCGGCCGUCUCUCUCACCUCACCACGGAAGACACUCUCCGCAAGGCAAUGAGCGUGUAUGGGAGGGUGAGGAACUUGCGCUUGGUCCGGCACAUUGUUACUGGUGCUUCCCGUGGUUAUGCUUUUGUUGAAUAUGAGACUGAGAGGGAGAUGCAGCGUGCAUACAAGGAUGCUCAUCAUUCUAUAAUUGAUGAUUGUGAAAUAAUAGUUGAUUACAACAGACAACGGUUGAUGCCAGGGUGGAUUCCAAGAAGGUUAGGAGGGGGUCUUGGUGGUAAGAAAGAGUCGGGACAACUUCGAUUUGGAGGCAGAGAAAAACCAUUUCGAGCUCCUCUGCGACCAAUCCCAUUUGAUGAUUUGAAGAGACUUGGCAUUCCACCUCCACCAGAAGGAAGGUACAUGUCACGUUUUCAGGACCCAUCUCCCCCGAGAAGAAAAAGGAGUUCGGUGGACUGGGAAGAAGGCUCUCAUACAAGGGAUGGGCAAGAACACAGUCAUAAUAGAAGUUCUGCAGACAGCAAAGAACGUUAUCACAGCAGGAGUUCUCUAGAGCGAGAAGAGAGCUCUAAAAAAUGGAGCUCUCUGGAUAGGGAAGAGCAUUAUGGAAAAAGGACUUCCAUGGAGCGAGAUGAUAGUUCUUACAGUUGGAGCACUAGUCGGAGGGAAGAGCACCAUCACAAGAGCACAGACAGGACUCGCAAAAGGAGUUCUGAGGGCAAAGAUGAGAGGAGCUCUCACAAGCGCCACAAACAUAGAAAUCCUUCCUAUCGACAUGAGAGGAGGUCCAGUAGUCGUGACCAACCUUCUGAUUACUAAUUUCUUUAAGGUUUGUUUAUUGCAAAUGUGUGUGUGGGGAGAGAUAUCAAUAGGAAAAUUUUCAACAUAUUUGUCAGCAUUUAUUUUCAUCCUGCCGUAUGUAAGCUUUUUUUCUUUGCUAAAUGUAAAUUUCAGGAAAACUUGAUGUUUGUUUAGGCUGAGAAUAGGAAAUUCGAUUUGCAAGAUUGAUUAUCGGCACAUCCAACACACAUUGAUGUGAAAACUUGUUGCAUUAACUAAUACAAGAAAAUAUUGGUUAUUUGACCUUU